GGCCUGUUUAAAUGCAUGGCCAUCAACUCCUUUGGCACGGUCUCAUGCUCAGCGAUCUUGGAAGUGUACAAUGACCUGGAGGAACAGCUGGAGAUUGAGGCCAUUCGCCAGCAGGAAACGGUCUCUAUCACACAGGAAAACGAGGCAAUGUUCCAGCAGGAGAGUGCAUAUGUCCAGACUUCCUCCUUCAGAAAGAGCGGCGAGGACUUUCCCCCUCUGCUGCCUGACUCUAUGACCCUUCCCCCUCCUGAGUGGCCUGACAGCCCCAUGGAAGAUAACAUCACCAGUGAUGCAGAUUUCCCAGAGCCUCAGCCGAUAAACCACUGCUCUGAGGAACCCUUUAGCCGCAGCGAGGAGUAUGCUCUGAGCCCAGAGGACCAAAGGUCACCAGAGGUCACUAUCCUAGCCUGUACACCCAGCCCUCCCCCUCCACCCUCACCCUCACCACCACUGCCACCACCACCAGAAGUCAAGGAGAAAACCCCAACACCCAAACUGUUCACUCCAAGCAAGCUCAGCUUCACUUCCUCCCAGUCAGGAAGCAACACCAUGAACCUGUCGGACCUGCCUACCUUCACCCCCAGCGCCUUCCCUCCCAGCGCCUUCAACUAUGAGCGACCGAGACAUUUUAUUCAGUCGCAGGCGGCCUUCCAGGCACCCAGCUACGAUAGCGUGGUGCGGGAGGCCCAGGAGAACCAGACUAACUCCCAACAGAACCUCAACAUCUCUCAGAAUAGUUCAAAUGUUCACGAGACACAAAGUCAAUCUAAAAUGAUGUCCACACAAAGCCAGUCAUUUUCUCAAAGCCAGUCAGUGUCCAAGUCAUUGUCUCAGACUCAGUCACAGUUUCAGUCACUGAACCUCAAUCAAAACCAAACCCAGCAGGUCGUCGCCCAGAUACCAAUCCAGACCCAGGCCAACGGAAUGGGGAAGUCCUCCCCUUCUUCAUCCAACCUCAGCUCUCCCAUUUCCACCCCGGCUUCCUCCAUUGCGCCUCCUACUCCUUCCUUCACUGCCCCCUUGCUCAGUCCCUCCUCCUCUCCUUUCCCAGCCUCCUCUUUAUCCACGCUCCCCCGCAGCACCAUGCGCUCAACCAUCACCCUCACCCCCAGUGUCCCCAGUGCAACCGGCCUCGGCAGCGCCACCCUGCCGGCCAACCAGGACAGCAUGUCAGCUCCGGCCGCUUACCUCUGCUCCGUGCUGCCCUCCCCAUCCUCCUUCUCCCCUUACUCCUCCUCUAAACUGUCUCCCAACUCCAAUCUGCCCCACCCCUCCAUCUCUCCAUCCCGCUCCCCACUCGCCCCUUCCAGCCCUCUCCUUCCCAUGAGGGCAGCCACCUCUCCUUCCUCCCCUCCUCAGCAGUCUCUGCCACUGUCCCCUUCCCUUCCUCACUCCCCCCUUUCUCCCUUCUCCUCCUCCCCUCUCCCACAGCCCAAUACUCCCAACAGUCAGAACAGAGUACCGCCUGCUGUAGUCUCCCUCCCUGCCAACUACAAGGGGACACCUAACACUCUCCCCAAGCCUAUUCUGAAGAAGACUGUGGCUCCUCGGCCUUCCUCCUCUCGCUCCACAGAUGAAGACAUCCAGGGCUCCAAAGACGCCCUCAUCCAGGAUCUGGAAAAGAAGCUGCGGUCCAAGGAGGCCAGGAGGAGAAACAGCCAGAAACUGUCUUAUGAGGAGCGUAUGGCUCGCAGGCUGCUGGGUCCAGACAACGCCAACUACAUGUUAGACCAAGACAAUCUUUCAGACUCACAAGUAGACCAGCCAGAUUCACCAGAAGGACGACACACAGGUGGACUAUGGGGGAGGCACCACUCGGGGACAGAUGAUAAGGGAAACGAGGGAUCAGCUAUCCAGGAGAAAUGUUACGCUCCUCGCUUCAUGCAGAUCCCUCCAGACCUCACUGUGGAGGAGGGUCGCUUCUGCAGGAUUGACUUCAAGGUUGGAGGUCUCCCCACUCCAGACGUCUCCUGGAACCUGGACGGCAAAGCCAUACGUCCAGAUGACUACCAUAAGAUGUUGGUGUGUGAGAAAGGGAUGCACUCAUUCAUCAUAGAGAUCGUCACAGUUCAUCAUGCUGGCGUGUACGAGUGCGUAGCCAAGAAUCGCGCAGGAGAGAGCAGAUUUACCAUGAGGCUUGAUGUAAUAGCCCAGGAGGCUCUCCGUCCUCCCACCUUCACCCAGAAGAUGUCGAACUCCAGAGCUCUAGAGGGCGACACUGUUAGGUUAGAGUGUAAAGUGGACGCCUCCCCACCUCCACAGCUCUUCUGGAAGAAAGAUAAAGACAUGCUGCGUAUUGACCCCAACAGAAUGAGUCUGUACCAAGAUGGGUCAGGCAGGCAGUGCUUGUUGUUAGAGAGGGUGAUGAAGUCCGAUGCUGGUUGGUACACUCUCUCCGCCAUCAACGAAGCCGGCAUGUCCACAUGCAACGCCAGGCUGGAUGUUGGCUCUCGUGCAGCCCCGAAAACAGCGCCCCCUGGCUCCAAGACGUUGAAACUGCUGUCGUCUCUGAGCCACGUGCCCUCUCUGACCGUGGAGAGCCCCGCCCAGCACACCGCCCAGCACACCGCCCCGCUGUAUGAGAGCGAAGAGCUGUAGAUCCCAACUAAUCCCCACCCCCAUCCACCCGAGUCUGUCUCAUCCUCCAUUCACAAUCACUCAUCUCACAACUGUCAAACUGGGCCUAACAUGUGAACAUCUGGGUUUUUUAAGAAUUCCCCAUGCUCGUGACAACCCAUCUUCCAUCCAUCAGAAGAGUUUUGACAUAUUUCAAACAUGUUUUAAAGCGGGAGGAAACAUCUAUAACCCAAAGGAACACUGAGUAGCUAAUUUGAGAGAAACGUUUCCAUAGUUAGCACCUUUAAGUGACUUCUGACUUUAACUCAUCAUGUUGUCCAUCUGCUGCAGCUUGUUAGCGCUGUGCCCGUGCUUCUGUUUAUUGUGUAAUAGUGCAGAGUUCAUAUUGGACACACUGUCACUGUCUGUACACCUCUCUCUCUCUCUCUGCUCAGCCCGUCUGUCUUGUCCUGUCUGCUCUCAGCAAAAUGGUGUGUGGAGGUCAUGUGGAUGUAUUAAUAGACCUGGAUACGGUGUGGCAGAGUCAGCCUUGCUUGCCUGUUUUAUCCCAGUGGCCAACCACAACACGGCAACAACAAAAAAUAAAUAUAUCCCCCUGUGGUCCAGGAAGCAUUUCCUCAAUUUAAAGCAGGUAUUUGUCAAACUGAUGACAGGGCAUGAUUUGACUUAUCACUAUUUGUGUAAAAUAUUUCAAUUAUGAAGGUCUAAAACUGGACCUGAGCCUAGAAAAGCUUGUUUUUUUCAGCUCUAAGUCUGUUUAUGAGCAGACAGGGGCUAUAAACACUGGACUCUAAUGCACAACACUUUGAAUAACUGUACACCACUACACUACUUGCUAGAGUUAGAAAAUAGAAAGUAUACUCACAAUCCAACACUGCCAACGUCUUUCAGAUGCUGCACUUUAACCCCGUCACCUGUCUCCUUGUCACUCUUCCUUCUUGCUCGUAGUUGAAAAAGGAAAGUUAGUUGUGUUUGAGCCUCUGAAUGUAUGUUAGUCUCUGCUGCUGCCUCAGACGACGACGACACACGUCUGUAAAGCAUUUACCACAAGAGAAACUUGGAUUUUUAAAGUUUUGACGUAAACAUGGACGUUUAAAGAAAUCUCUCACUUCUCAGAUUCUCUGCUGUGGUGUAAAUUCAGUCGAAAUCAUUUGUUUUAAAGUUUCUAAUAUACUGUGUCUGUGAAUGAAUAUUUAUUUGAAGUUAUUAGUUACCAGAGUCGGGACUUUUUUAAGUUGUCCCUUCUCUCGCCUGCAGAAGGCUGAAACCGGAGCUGUAUUGACGAGUUGGAGAAACAACAGCAGGCUUUUAUUUUGAUACCCAACCUCUACAACUGAACACAAAAGCUGCUCUGCACUUAAAAGAACAUUCAGACCUUACUAAUUUUGAAAAGUUUACAUUUUAUCACAUCUGCAGCGCAGAUAAGACGUGUUUAUUCACUUUACGUAAGAGGAAUGCAUCAUGAAAUCGUUGUUCAGUUAAAAAUGGGUAUCAUUGUGUCAGCCUGGGCCCAGAUUCGCUAAAGUCUCCCUAUCUGGCCUUAUAUAAUAAAGUCUAUCAAAACAAAGAGGCUUGAGUUGCCUGCUUACCAUGGAACUGCUUGUUAUUGCCAGCCAGGAGUUAAUUUUACACACAAAAUAAUGUGUUUUUGGCUGGAUCUGCAUGCAAAGUGAAAAACUGAUGUUUAACCCUGUGUGGCCACAGACCAGUGGCAGGAUUUUCUUUAAACAACCCAUAACAACCUGAAAUAUAACAUUUCUGGAUAUUGCUACAGUUUGUCAUGAUGAUGAAGUUUGAAUGAAACAGGGUUGAAGAUUGGAUUUGCUUAAAGCACCAGUCUAGUUUUGGUAAGUUAGGGUCGAGAUUUUGAAACUGCAGGUUGUAGUGUGUAUUCUCCUUUAAGUACUGUUUGUUGUGUCGGAUGUUCUACAUAUCACUGGAUGAAUGAGGAAUAAAGUCUAUGUGACCUUGGCUUUUC